AGCACGUUCUGGUUCCCCUCAAUACCUUAGAAGAUGCUUAUCUCUCUGAAGAGGAUGAAGAAGCACUAACUUCUUGCAUGAAGCUGACAAAGCCUCAGGAAAAGAAGACAUGGAAAGAUAACACAAGAAGAAAAGAAGAGACUGAGACCAGGACAGAUUUUAUUUCUGCAUCUCUGGGCCGCUCAUACACUUCCAGACUUAAUAACUUAGGAACUAUUUCAAUUCAUUCUGAAACAGAAUUUCACUUGUGGAGUGACUGGAAGCCGUUUCCUGACAACCAGCUCUGUCCUUGUGACUUUUUAAUUUCAAAAAUAGAAGAAUGGGAAAACUGUUCUUGCUCUUCUCAUCAGCCACAUCUUAUGUAUUCCCUAACUGAUAUGGAUCUACAGUACUCCUGGCGCACGAGCAGCUUUGGGAGCUUUGACCGUUUCAGGCAUCACUCAAUAUCAAAGACAGAUGAUUCAGCUGAGAUAUCUGAGCUGGAGACUAUAAGUGACAUUGGGGAAGCAGUACAAAUCAAAGCAGCAAACAAUGGAGGAAGUCUGAGUAAGAAAAUGAGAGCCAUUUCACUUACCAUGAAGAAAAAGAUGGGUAAAAAAUACAUCAAGGCACUCUCUGAGGAGAUGAAUGAAGAGGGAAAAGAUGACGGUGAUCCUGGUGGUGGAGCACAAACUGAGAAGGUCUCCCUAAAAACCAGUGACUCUUUGGAAAGUCUCUAUAGUCUGAACAGUGGCCAGAGCUCAUCUAGUGGGGUGACCAGCUGCUCGGAUGGCACGAGCAACAGGGACAGCCUCCGCUUUGACGACGAGGUCCCCUACAGCGGCCCCUUCUGCGGCCGAGCCAAGGUCCACACCGACUUCACUCCCAGUCCUUACGACACCGACUCGCUGAAAAUCAAGAAAGGAGACAUCAUAGAUAUCAUCUGCAAAACUCCCAUGGGCAUAUGGACAGGCAUGCUGAACAACAAAGUAGGAAAUUUCAAGUUCAUUUACGUGGAUGUUAUUUUGGAAGAAGAAGCAGCACCCAGAAAGAUAAACCCACACAGAGGAAGCAAAAGGACCAAGCCUAAAACAUUGCAAGAGCUCCUGGAAUGUGUCCACCUGCAGGAAUAUGCCUCAACCCUCCUGCUGAAUGGCUAUGAAACUCUAGAGGACUUGAAGGAUCUACAGGAAAGCCACCUUAUUGAAUUAAAUAUUUCGAACCCAGAAGACAGGGCAAGAUUGUUAUCAGCAAUUGAAAAUCUCCAGGACUUUGAAGAACAGCAGAAAAUUGAGGGUGGUCAGGAGACACAGAACUUAAACCCUCACCAGAGUUCUGACAAAUCACAGUUAAAUGACUGUCCAAGAGAUUCUGGCUGUUACAUCUCAUCGGAAAAUUCAGAUAAUGGUAAAGAAGAAGCAGACCCAGAAGCCCUGUCUGACAUGGUGCAGUCAAUAACAAUCAGUGAGUCAAACUGAUUUGGUCCUGCUGCUUUUCUGCAGAUUUUCAGAAAAGACAAUCACAUUUGGCAGUAUGAUGG